AUGACAACAGCAGAUGGAAAGGUAUCGGAAAGAUCCAACAGAAAUGGCGACAAUGGCGGAAUUGAAUUGAAUCCUUUGUUUCCCAGUGGCAACAGGAACAGAAUUCCCAUUCCUUCGUCCAGCUACAAGGACAAUCCCGCAGACGAAGACGACGAAGAAAAAGUUGCUGUCCAUCAUGGUGAAUCUUGGAAUGACGAAGAAGAAACAACAGAAAUACAAACUAGAAGUCUUGGCGGCACACCUAAGGUGACCUGCUGUUGGCCCUUGGCCAUAUUUUCCCUGACAGUUCCUUUUCUGGUGGUGGGCGCCUUGCUACUACUACUAAGUGGUGCUCCCAUAUAUCCCUAUGACUUUGUGCUGCCAAAUAAUACGACAAAUGAUUGGACACCACUGGGUGGAUUGCGGUACAUGGAAUACAAAACAGGCGACAGUCCGUAUCGAAUCCCAAAGAGUAUUCAAGAUCAAUCGGAUGCCUUGGCGCGCCAACGCCGCAGACAUGUCAAAGCGGCCAUGGAAUUUGCCUGGAAUAAAGGGUAUGUACGGCAUGCCUUUGGUAUGGAUGAAGUUAAACCUGUUUCAAAAAUGGGAGAUAACAAUUGGGGGGGAAUUGCCGUCACCAUGGUGGACACCCUUGAUACUCUUUGGCUACUAAACAUGACAACCGAAUUUUGGCAAGCCCGAGAUUUUGUCCGGCACAAUUUGACCUAUGCCGACAAGAAUGUCUCGGCCAUUUGCUUUGAGACCACCAUUCGAUCAUUGGGGGGAUUACUUGCCGCCUAUAGUUGGUCGCAAGAUCACGUCUUUUUGGAUCGAGCAUUGGAUCUUGCACGACGCAUUCAUCGUUCCUUUGACCAAUCUCCUACGGGCAUUCCCUUUGGACGGGUCAAUCUCAUGACAGGGACUGCAUACAAUGAUCAUCACAAUGACUUUACACCAUUGUCACGGGCAGGAACACUGCAAUUGGAGUUUCGAUGGUUGGAUGCUUUGCUACACAACAAUGAGACUGGCGUCAUGAGAAGGUCUGUGGAGGAAGUGAUUGCUAUUUUGCAUGGACUCAAUCCACCCGAUGGACUGUACCCUACACAGGUUCGCAAUGUGAAUGUCACUACUGCCGAGUUUGCCAAUCAGCGAUUGUCAUUUGGGGGCGAUGGUGAUAGCUUUUACGAAUAUCUACUCAAGAUGUGGAUUCAGGGAGACAAACAAGAGACCAUUUACCGUGAGAUGUAUGACACAGCCAUUCAGGGUCUUCAUGAUCGACUCAUACGACAAUCAACUCCCUCUGGGUUGACAUAUUUGAUUGAUAUCAUUGAUGGAGAAAGCGUCCAUAAACUGCAUCACUUGACCUGUUUCAUGGGUGGCUUGUUGGCUUUGGGGGCCUACACGGAUCCCUUGGGGAUGGAUUCCCACCGUGCAAAACGAGAUAUGAAGGUCGGGAAGGCGCUGACGUAUACUUGCUAUCAAAUGUAUGCACAGCAGAAUACAGGAGUCUCUCCAGAGGAAGUGCAGUUCAUUCCAGGAAAAGAUUUCCGCCUCGAAGGGGACUAUCACUCAGAAAACAUUCUACGCCCUGAAGUGGUUGAGAGCUUGUAUAUAUUGCAUUCAAUUACAAAAGAUCCAAUCUACCGGGAGUGGGGUUGGGAAAUCUUUCAAGCCAUUGAAACAUAUUGUAAAACAGAGAUCGCCUACGGAGAGCUCCCCAAUGUGGCCAAUAAGAGUGGGAUACCCCGAGACAAUAUGGAAUCCUUCUUUUUGGCUGAGACAGUCAAGUAUCUGUAUCUGCUCUUUGAUCCCGACAGUCAUGUGGACAUAUUGACUACACAUGUCUUCAACACCGAAGCUCAUCCUUUGCCCGGGUUUGACAAACUAAAGGUAACGUAA